GAGAGAGAGAGAGAGUGUGUGAGAGGGAGAGAAAGGCAAAUAGCAGUAGAGAGAGGGCGAGAGAUUGAGAGGGAGAAUAAGGGUGGAAUAGCCACCAGGACACCUUGAAAGGUCUUCCAAACCAAACACCAGUCCAUGAGGAGCCGAGUGGAUUAGCAGGACCGCUCCUCUCCUCUGCCGCUCUCUCGUUUAACCUCUCCUCACACGGACACGAUGAGUAAAUCAGCCUCUCUGACCACCUGCAUAGCCAAGAUGUACGAGGGGGGGAAGCUGGAUGGUUCAGGGGCUCCUGUCAUUUCAGUCAAGAAGCCCCCCAACUCCAACAGCCUUCUGAGCACUCUGGGAGGAAUGGAGGUCAAACUGAGUCAGCUGGAAGGGAAGGUGGAGCGGAUCGCCUCCAGCCAGACUGAGGUGCUGCAGAGGCUGGAUGCCGUGUGCCAGGGCCUGGGCUCUCUGGCUAAGGAUCCGGGCCAGUUCAGGAAAGACAGAGAGCCAGACAGGGACAGGGCGUGUCAAGGGGGGGACCACAACAAAGGCUCUGCUGGCGGAGACCUUGCCUUGUUUUCGGAGGUCAGGGCCUUGUGUGGGGAGACUGUGGCCAUGCUCAAGAGUCUCCAGCAGGACGGUAGGUGGCAGAGAGAGAAAAUGGAGGGAAUUGAGUGCUCGGUCUCGGCCGUGGACAAGAUGCUAGGAUACGUUGGGGAGGUGUUCAGAAGCUCCAAGGUGGUGGAGUUCAUCUUGAAAGGCAUUGUUCCCUGGAGACUGAAAGGGCUGCUAGGCAGCACUGAGGAACAGAAAAGGGACAAAUCAGAGGAGAGCAAUGCCAAACCCAAAGCCUGCGUCUGUGACCAGGAAACCCAGGUGGAGGAGCAGGGGUUGGGUCCUGAAGAGGAGGUGAAAGCUCCAGACCCCGUCCCACCAGGCCACUCAGAGUCUCCAAAGAACAAUGCUGAGCUCCCCGCCAAGCACGAGAAGGCCCUGUGCCCCACUACCGGUGAGGAUGGGGUCAGCAGAGGUCCUCGGAAGCCCAAGGAAGUCACCCUCAGGAGCAGAGAGGCCAGCCGGGUCCAGACCUUUGCCCCUGACAGCCAGGAGGGGCUUGCUGGGACUCAGGGGCUGGAGGGGGCUGCUUCUGUCGAGGAGGAGCUGGACAGAGCCCCAGAACUGUCCGAGAGAUCCGUGGUUGCUGAGGGGGUUGCCAUGGAGAUGGAGGCUCCCAAAGCACCAGUGUCUGCAGUGUCACCGCAGCCCACCAGCCACCCUGAGGAGCCAGAGCCAGAGAAGGAGAAAGCCCCUGACACUGCCCCCCUCCCUCCCAGGCCAGAGGACACGGUUCCCAGCCCCAGCCAAGACUCCACCAUGACUCCACCAGACUCCACCAUGACUCCACCAGACUCCACCCUGACUCCACCAGACUCCACCCUGACUCCACCAGACUCCACCCUGACUCCACCAGACUCCACCAUGGCAGCUGGACCAGAGAACAGCCAGGACUGCAGUGAGACAAAAGUCUGUGUAGAUAUAGAGUUCAAACCAGAGACUGGGCCAGUGCCUGUUAGCCCUGAGGUCCAGUCUAAGCCUAAAGAGCAGGUGGAGGCUCAGUCCAUGGCUGGGACAGAGGAUGAAUGUGUGAAGCCAAGCCCUCAGGUAGCAUCUUCCCUGCAGGGUAGAACAUCCACAGGAAACAGCCUAGUGCCUACCCUUGAAGCACAGUUUGUGGUUGUUGAUGACUGUCCUCCUCUUCCUGCUCCUUUUGAACACCGUAUCGUGAGUGCCAAGCAGGUCCCUAUGGGCUCCUACUACGCUGUGAAGCCCAAUGAGGUCCUGGGAGGAGGCCGGUUUGGUCAAGUCCACAAGUGUGCAGAGCUGUCGUCAGGUCUGACUUUGGCUGCAAAGAUUAUAAAAGUCAAAGGAAUGAGGGAGAGGGAUGAAGUGAAAAAUGAAAUUGGGGUAAUGAACCAACUGAACCAUGUGAAUUUGAUUCAACUUUAUGACGCCUUUGAAUCCAGGACGAAUCUUACACUUAUCAUGGAGUAUGUGGAAGGUGGCGAGCUGUUUGACCGCAUCGUUGAUGAGAGCUACCAGCUGACGGAGCUGGAUGCUAUAGUGUUUACCAGACAGAUCUGUGAAGGAGUGCAGUACCUCCACCAGCAAUACAUCCUCCAUUUGGACCUCAAGCCAGAGAACAUCCUGUGUGUCAGCUCAACAGGAAACCAGAUCAAAAUCAUAGACUUUGGUCUGGCCAGAAAGUACAGGCCCAGGGAGAAGCUUAAGGUGAAUUUUGGCACCCCGGAAUUCUUGGCACCUGAGGUUGUGAAUUAUGACUUUGUCUCCUUCCCGACAGACAUGUGGAGCGUGGGAGUCAUAACAUACAUGCUACUGAGUGGCCUCUCUCCAUUCCUGGGUGAUAACGACACAGAGACCAUGAACAACAUUCUUCAUGCCAACUGGGACUUCGACUCGGAGGCCUUCGAGAACGUUUCUGAGGAGGCUAAGGACUUCAUCUCCAGACUGCUCAUCCCAUCCAAAUGCAGUCGGUUGAGUGCCUCUGGGUGUAUGAAACAUAGCUGGUUGAAUAACCUAGAAGAGAAAGCUAAGCUCCAAAGCGUACGGCUCAAGUCCCAAGUGAAGCUUCAGCGCUACCUGACAGUUCAUCGUCAGUGGAAGAAGCACUUUUAUGUGGUUGCAGCAGCUAACCGUCUGAAGAGGUUUCACCAGAAUCGCACCUUCAACCCAGCGUAACAACUCUGUCAGGCUGGCCCUCACCUGGCUGUGAGGACAUCCCUCCUUCACAUCUACGGCUGCCUGCCUGGACAGCAUCCAUAGGACUAUCAUUAGUGAGGAGAAAACUCUUUGCAGCGUAUUUCAUGUAGAAAUGUAUUGAGAUCAAGCCACCCCUCCCCAUCUUGUAGCGCAAAGUACAAGUUUUGGUUGAAACUAACAACCCCAGCGCUAAUUAUUUGAGGGGAUGUUUCAAUGGGCUCAACAUUAGUAGGGAUGUGUCCCUACUGCCCCUAUCCCUUCGCCUAUUACCUAGAGGUCUGUCUGGGAGGCUGAUCCGUCUGGAUCAGAGACUCUUUUGCUUUGGCAGACGUGGACUUAUCAGACAGAUUACAGUAUGUUGUUCUCAAUUUAUCUUUACAGUGCAGCUACAGUGUUGUUCUGGAGAGUUGAAAUGUUUCCUUCCUUCCUACUCUUCAUUUGAAAUAUUAUUUAUGUGCUGAUCGAAGACAAACCUUUGGGAUGUACUGUAUGUUUAAAGUGGAGCUUUGCUGACAAAUGUUUUCUUUGAUACUAUAUAUUGAAAUCAAUGGCACAUUAGUCACAUGACCUACUAGAUGGUAUGCAAUAGACCAGUUGAAUCAAUCUGUCGAAUUUGACAAUUAUAUAUUACCUUCUGUGAAGGCUUAUGGAGCAAUGAGGCCCAGAUAUACCAAGCAUUUAAUCAACAAUGAAUAAAAGCAUGUUACAAAUAAGAGCUACACUACUUGGGUUGAUACCCAUCAUCAUCAUUAUAACUAUUGCCAUUAUAAAGACAGUAAACAAAACAAAAAAAAGUAAAUAUGGGCCUGAAGUGACUAGCUUUCAUAUUACUCCACAAUAUCCUAUUAUGUCCUUACGAAUGUGUAGCCCAACCUCCUCAUCCAAUAAUUGAUGUGAAUUUACAAGGAA